CAUUCAUUCACCUCUUUUCAUUUUUCUUCUUUCUUUUUUCUCUAAUCAUCAUAAAAUCAAAUCUCGUUUCAAUUUUCCUUUCGCUUCUUCUCACACUUCCCGGAAACUUCUCUUCACUCCUCUCAGCAUGGUUUUUUUCCUUCACAUCAUUUUCAUCUAAUAAUAAUAAUAUUCAUCAUCAUCAAGAUUAUUAGCUUUACCCGUUUUAUUAUUUAUCAGUUAUUAGUUAUAUUUAUCAUCAUUUUUUAAUCUCUCAAAUAAACUAAACUCAUCUAGUUAUUAUUAUUAAUCCUUUUUAGAGAUUAGAUAGAGAGAGAAAUGAGAUGAAGCCGAUUCAACUUCCACCUCCAACCGCCACCGGCUCAGCCACAGCCACGGGUUCUCCCAACCGUCCUCAGCGCCGCCGUAGAGACCUUACCCUUCCUCUUCCACAGCGUGACACAAACCUAGCUGUACCGCUUCCGCUUCCUCCGUCCGGCAGCGGAAGCGGUGGAAGCGGCAGUGGAGGAAACGGAAACAACGGUGGUGGAGGAGGAAACGGAGGAUCAGCGACGACUCAACAACUGGUGAUUCCGUUCGCGGAGCUUGAAAGGUUGAACCGGAUCGGAAGUGGUAGCGGAGGAACGGUUUACAAAGUAGUUCACAGAAUCAACGGUCGCGCUUACGCUUUGAAAGUGAUUUACGGACAUCACGAGGAAUCAGUUCGUCGUCAGAUCCAUAGAGAAAUCCAGAUCUUAAGAGAUGUAGAUGAUCCAAACGUUGUCAAGUGUCACGAGAUGUACGAUCACAACGCUGAAAUUCAGGUUCUGUUAGAAUACAUGGACGGUGGAUCUCUUGAAGGGAAACACAUCCCUCAGGAGAAUCAGUUAGCUGACGUGGCACGUCAGAUCCUCCGUGGACUCGCUUAUCUCCACCGUCGUCACAUCGUUCACCGUGACAUCAAACCGUCAAAUCUGUUGAUAAAUUCACGGAAACAGGUUAAGAUCGCUGACUUUGGUGUAGGUAGGAUUCUGAAUCAAACUAUGGAUCCGUGUAAUUCAUCGGUAGGAACGAUUGCUUACAUGUCGCCGGAGAGGAUAAACACUGAUAUCAACGACGGACAAUACGAUGCUUACGCCGGUGAUAUAUGGAGUUUAGGAGUGAGUAUAUUGGAGUUUUAUAUGGGAAGAUUUCCGUUUGCGGUUGGUAGACAAGGUGAUUGGGCGAGUUUGAUGUGUGCUAUUUGUAUGUCACAACCACCAGAAGCUCCAACAACUGCUUCGCCGGAGUUUAGGGAUUUUGUUUCGCGGUGUUUGCAAAGAGAUCCGUCGAGGAGAUGGACUGCUUCUCGAUUGCUUUCGCAUCCUUUUCUUGGUAGAACUGUUUCUCAUCAUAAUCAGAUUCCACCAAAUCUUCAUCAACUACUUCCUCCACCACCAAGGCCAUUAUCAUCUUAGUUGAAUAUUGCAGAUUGCUGAUUGGAUUCGUUGAAUUGAUAGCUCUUUUGUUCAUCAAUCACACCAUAACAUGAAUCUAGCAUUGGCUUGCACUGGCCACCUCUUUUUUUAUUUUAUUUUUGUUUAUUAUCUUUAUAAAAUGUUAUUAUUAUCAUCAUCAUGUACCAAAAUGUAAUCCAAUGCUUCCUUAAUUUGCUUAAAAUUAUGUGAGUGCUUUUUCACUUA